GAGUGCCUUAACCACUACGCCAUCUCUGCAGCCCGUGCUCAGCUUUUUUACGUAGGUGCUGGGGAUCAAACUUAGGUCCUCCUGCUUGGGCAGCAGGUGCUAUUACCUGCUGAGCCAUUGUCCCAGCCUUCUCUGUCUCUGUCUGUCUCCCUCUCUCUGUGUGUCAUACACAACACACUGCAUGAGAGCAGUGACCCAGAAAGGACCUAGGACUCCAGAGCACCAAGGUCUGGGUGGCUUGGACUAGUGAAACUGUACUCAAAGCUGUAAGUCCAAAGUCAUGGUAAAGCAGGCUCCAAGCUUCCUCAAACCUGGGAUGGAAGGGUCCAUUCUGUUCCCUUCCAACUGACAGUGGCCAUAGUGGCUCCAUGGCUUGCCACAGUGUCACCCCAUCUUCUCCUUCUGCAUGCCCCUCUGUCUGAGUCCCCCUCCCGUAUACGAACACCACCAUGCUGGAUAUGGGGCCCCUGCCAUAGCAGAACCUUUCCUAAUCUGGCCAUCUGCAGAUAUGUGGCUCAGGAGAGUCCAUGGCCCAGGGCUCUAACUUAGGUGAUUCAGUUGAGCAAUGGCAGUGUGUCUAGCAGAGUCUUCCACCGCAGACCCCAUUCUCAGGUACUCAGAGAUGGGUUGAGAGAGUAAACAGUGGGGCCCGGGCUGCAGGAGGGGGAGCGGCACAGUGCAGAAGGACUUGGAGGACAUGGAGGACGGAGCCCUGUGAUGAUUCACAGCCCCUGGGCAGGAGACUGCCAUGCUCAGCCAGGACUGGGCAACUACUGGAGUAGGGCCAGUGUGUGACACUUCUGAGGGGCAAAAGUAUGCAGGGCUCAGCGGCCAGAUAGCUGGUGUUCCCAGACCUGCCGCCCCAAGAAGUCUGGGGAGGCACAGGGCAGCAGGAUGUAGCCAAAACCGGGCAAACCUGGGCAUCUGGGUUGGGUCAAGGGACAGCCUGGCUCGGUCCCUUCUCCCCUUUCCUUGGCCUGGCUUGUUACUUAGGCUCUGGGUCCUGUGGGGACACAGAAGAUAGAGGAGAGCAAGAAGUCCUCCAUUUCCCAGAGUCCUGCCCGAUCCUCGUCCUUUUGUCCCUGAUCGUGGCACCCCAACUGCACCUUAUCUCUUCCUCGUCCCACCCUAAGGCUGUUGAAGUGCUGUCCUUAUCGGACAACUGUUGAGGGUCUGGCCCUAUCUCCUCUGCCAGUGCACCCAGGAUGGGGCUGCAUUCUGUGCUGUGUUCUGUGUUUGUUCUUUAGGUCCUUCAUACUCUCUCUGCUGCCAUCUCGGGUGCAGAUCCUGGUUGCCAUGGUAACACUGCGGCGGUACCAGGUGGCUGUUGGGGGUAGGGAGCUGGCUUGCCGCAGCCCGCCAUGUCCUGUGCCAGGCCUGCCAGGCAGUGGCUGGGCUCAUCUUGGGGCACUUGGGGACUUCCCAGGCCACCCCACAGGCUCCUCCUGGGUAAAUGGGAGGGGAGACAAGAGGGUAGAGAUGAGAAUGGAAAAAUAAGGGAGCAGGGGACAGUGGGCUCAAAGUAGGACGAGAAGCUGACAGUCAAGGUGAGCUGAAGGGCAUUUAGAGACAAGGGAAGGGGCUCUGGCCAGGCUGAGGGUCAUGGAGAUGCCCCACCAUAAGGCUGAGGGAGACAGGACCUACUGAGACUGGGCACCCAGGGCAAAAGGGACAGGUCCUAGCCCCUCUUUGGUUUCUGGACAAACGGAGCAGAGGAUCUUCUAGGGGCACAGAGUCCCUGUCACCAUUCCUCUCCCAUCCCAAGCAAGAUGCAGUUUCCAUGACAACGUGCUGGCCUGCAAGGGGCGGGACUGCAGAGGAAAUUUUCCACAGGACAGGGAGGCUGGGCUGGAUUGCAGAGAGAAGAGGGAGCCACAGGGAAGCAGGGGACCACCCAGGGCCCAGCCCCAAGUCACCAUCUCCACUGCUGGAGUACAAGGCUCGUGGUACUGGAGCCCUCACGUGUCCCAGUCCUGCCAACCCACCCCCUCCUCUAGCCACGGUAGAGAGGUUCCAGAGGGCCAAGGGUCAAAUGUCCAAAGAGAAGCAACUUCCCUGGCCUGGUGCAGAGGGCAGCAAGCCUCCAGGAGUUUGUCCUUCUUCAGAGAACUACGCUCGAAGGCAUGGCCCCCAAAAAAGUCCUGCGGAAAGUAGGCGUGGUGGGCUACGGCCGCCUGGGUGAGUCCCCACCAGCUUAAGCUUCAUCAGUCUUCAGGCUCUGUUCCAAAGCGACAGUUCCUUGUCUCCCGCCUUCUGGCUCAGGGAUCAGAACUGGGCCUAGAACUUGUUUUUGUUUGGAACCGUGAUCCUGGACGAAUGGCAGGCAGUGUGCCCCCUGCCCUGCAACUCCAGAGCCUUGAUGCCUUGGAGGAAAGGCACCCUGACCUUGUGGUAGAAGUGGCCCAUCCCAAAAUAAUCCAUGAAUCUGGGGCACAAAUCCUGCGCCAUGCCGACCUCCUGGUGGGGUCCCCUUCAGCCUUAGCUGAGCAGACCACAGAGCAGCAGCUUCUGGAGGCCUCAAGCCACUGGGGCCAUGCUGUGUUUGUGGCCCGAGGGGCGCUGUGGGGGGCUGAGGACAUCAGCAGACUGGACGCAGCAGGGGGCCUUCAGAGCCUGCGUGUCACCAUGGCCACACACCCAGAUGGCUUCCGUCUUGAGGGAGCCCUGGCUGCUGCCAGCAGCACUGGGCCCCGCACAGUGCUCUACGAGGGCCCUGUGCGUGGGCUCUGUCCCUUGGCCCCCCGAAACUCCAACACCAUGGCAGCUGCUGCCCUGGCAGCCCCCAGCCUGGGCUUUGACAGUGUCAUUGGGGUGCUUGUGGCAGAUCACAGCCUCACAGACAUGCAUGUGGUGGAUGUAGAACUGAGAGGCCCCCCAGGCACCACAGGGCAGAGCUUUGCUGUUCACACCCACAGAGAGAACCCAGCCCAGCCUGGAGCUGUCACAGGCUCUGCCACUUUUUCAGCCUUCUGGCUCAGCCUCCUGGGGUGCUGCCAGCUGCCCUCCAGGCCUGGAAUCCAGCUCCGCUAAGAAGCCUUCUCCUCCUGAUGUCCCCCUCCAAGGCUCCGCUCUACCCCUAGCCGCCCUCGAGUCUCAGUAAAGAUCAGAAUUUUCCCCUCUACUCCCAA